AUGGCCCAGACACAUAAUGGUAAUGGGUUCAAGAUGGAUGUCCCAAAGCCAAAGGGGGUUGUGGGUAAGGAGGAAGCCCUCCGCAUGGAAGAAGAGGCAUUGGCUAAAUUGAAACGAGAGAAAAAACAUACGCCUUCACUUUUAACCCACUUGUCUGCCUCAAAACCAUCAAAGUCCAGCAAUGCCAAUGCCGCUCAGACUUUGCCUUCAGCAAGUGCAACUGACAAGGACCUCAUUGUCUUCCCAGAAACCAAGAAGCAGGAAGAGGGGGGCAAGUUUAAAGAUAUUGACGUGGACAAACUGACCAAUGAGGAGCUCGAAAAGCUUCUUCUCGAUGAAAACUUUGGCGUUAACAGCAAAGCGUCCCGCCCCUCAGCUCUGCUGGGAUUCAACCUCAGUGCCUCCUACCCUGGUGGUAACCCCUGCAGCUCCUCUCCUUUCCAGGGCAGUCAGUGGACCACAGUUCUUCCCACUCAAUCUAAUUCUAGCUUGAGCACUCCAACUCAUCAACCCAGCCCACUCUUCCCUUCUGCUCCAUUUCCCAAACCAGGCACAUUUCAAAAUGGUUUCACUCCACCCAUGACGUCCUUCAUGACUCUUCCACCUCAGCAGCCAUCCUUUUUGGCUUUACCUCCUAUCCAGGCUCCUCCAGCGAUGGUCUACUCAAAACCAACCGUGGACCCUGAAAUGGCUAAACUGUUUGACAAGAUUUUAAGCACCUCAGAAUACUUGAAGAACGGUAGAUCCUCCAGCACUGAGGCAGACUCUUCACAAGUGGGCACAGCCUCUCUGGCACCAAACCCCCCGCCACAGCCCACAGCAGCUGCUGAAUCUUCUCCCAUCAGCCGCUUUGAGUGGCUGGAUCUGGACCCACUUACAAAACAUAAAGCUGAGAAUGAGGAAGCCACCAUGACGGCAGGAAGUGGAGUACACAACGAACAGGGGGGUUCUCCUGGGGAUCCUUGGGAUGCUGUGCUAGAAACAGAAGGGAGCAAUGUUGGUGGCAAAGGGAGCCCCACUCUGGAGGGGAAUGAUUCACAGACAGUUCAUUCACAGCAAAGAAGAGCUUCAACCGGGGCACCUGUAGCCAGGAGCCACUCGCUCCACAUCCCAGGGACGUCUUCUCAGCAGAAAUCAACCAAUCAGGGUAAGGGCAAAGGUUUGGUGAAGAACACUGUGCUGGAGGAGCAAGAUGCCCAGAACCUGGAGAUUGUUGCCUUUUGUAAAGACUUGGGAAGCCUACGUUCCAAAUUCCCUCACAGCGACAUAGGAACUAACCCUGGCUUCGUCCUAAGCCCCGUCAUCACGCAGAGAGAAAGUGGAACCGACAGCAACUGCUCUGUCAAGGUUUCUAUUGAAAUCCCUGAAUCUCAGCAGCCUGUAACUUUCACCUGUGAUGUGAGUUCUCCAGUAGAGCUGUUGAUCAGUCAGACUCUCUGCUGGGUUCAUGACGAACUGGACCAGGUAGACUUCUCUAGUUAUUUGCUUAAAGUCUGUGGCCGGGACGAAGUCCUGCAGAAUAAACACAGCCUGGGCAGCCAUGAGUAUAUUCAGAACUGCCGGAAGUGGGAGAAUGAGAUCACAUUACAGCUGCUUUCUCACUCAACCAUGAAGCCGGACUUGGCACGAAGUUCAGAAGAUGACAACUCUCGAAUCGACCUGGAGAAGCACCUUAGCAAUGUGGAUCGGCCUUUUAGGGAGAAUGUAACCAGACAAGGUCUUGCUGACUAUUUGGAAGGCUACCACACCCAAGUCAACGUCUGCUUAGAAAAUGAGAGUACCCAGUACAAGACAGUGGAGCGCGUGGUCCAGACGGUAAAAAACCUGUGCUGCGCUUUGGAUGAGGUGGAGCCGCCGUCCAUCACAGGAGCCAUUAAGAGACUGCGUCACUCUGUCAAUCUAGCCAGGACACGCUCGCCUAAGUUGGGGUCAACAUCACCUGGUCAGUCAUCAAAUACUGGCUGCAGUCCCGUGGAGGAGAGCAUGUCCUUACUAACAAAAGCUGUCUACGACCUGGUGAAGCUCUACCUGCGCUCCUUCUGCCCGCCAUCACCUUCCUUUAGCUUACCUGCAGAUGAAGGAGGGGCUGUGGAGGGAAGGAGCAGCAAAGAAGCUUCUGGCACCACAGACCACCUUCAGUUUACUCUGUUUGCGUUGCACGGCAUCCCGGGCCCCUGGGUCAGCAGUUAUGAGAAGUACUUCCUGAUGUGUUCCCUCACCCACAAUGGGAAGAACCUGUUCAAACCAGUUCAUUCCAGGAGAGUUGGCACAUAUAAAAGCUUUUUUUACCACAUCAAAUGGGAUGAGCUGAUCAUUUUCCCCAUCGCAGUAGCCGUGCUCCCUCUGGAGUCCACGCUGACUCUGAGUCUAUUUGGGGUGCUCAACCAGAAUGCCAGUGGCUCACCAGAUUCCAACAAACAGCGGAAAGCCCCAGAGUUUUUAGGCAAAGUCUCUAUGCCUCUGUUUGACUUCAGAGGAGUACUCGCACGAGGCACUACUUUCUUAUGUCUGUGGACAUCUGCUCAAGGAGCAGUUGGAGCUGCUGGUGCUGCAGGUGGCCGCAAGAAGGUUCCUGCAGAAAGAAUCAUAUUACAGGUGGACUUUCCUGAAUCAUCGGUAGAUGUUUUAUAUGUUGGACCCAAAGAGGCCCCCAGCCCGGAACCCCACACUCUGGAAGAGCUCGAUCCAGACUUGAAACGGAAGCUGGAGAAAAUCUGCAGCCGAGCCUCGAAUUUCGGGUUGAAGCGCUCAGAUCACCAAAUCUUAUGGGACCAUCGGCUCCACUGCCGUAGGGACCAUCCCAGCAGCCUGCCUAAGGUCCUGGCCAGCGCGCCCAGCUGGGAUUGGGCCAGCAUGGCUCACAUCCACUCCCUGCUGCACCACUGGCCCUCUCUACCUCUAGUCACUGCUCUGGAGCUGCUCGACUCAAAAUUUGCAGAUACCGAAGUGAGAAGUGUGGCUGUAAGCUGGAUUGAGAAAAGCAGUGAUGAUGAACUUGCUGACUAUCUGCCACAGCUUGUUCAGGCAAUAAAGUUUGAGUGUCACCUGAACAACGCCCUCGUCAUGUUCAUGCUAUCCAGAGCCCAAGGCAACAUCAACAUAGCCCACUACCUGUACUGGUUGCUCAAAGAUGCGGUGCAGGACUCUACCUGGGGGAGGCGCUAUGAGCAGGUGCUCGGUGCGCUCUUGUGUCUCUGUGGAAGCAAACUGAGGGCAGAGCUUGAAAAACAGACUCACCUGGCCACUCUGCUGGGAACCGUGGCUGAGAGGGUCAGACAGGCAGGGGGAUCCACCCGACAGGUGGCGCUGCAGGAGGGUCUAGAAAACAUCCAGAAUUUUUUCCAGAGAAACAGUUGCCGACUUCCUCUGAACCCCAGUCUGGUGGCAAAAGAGCUAAACUUCAAAGCCUGUUCCUUCUUCAACUCCAAUGCAGUUCCACUUAAGCUGGCGAUGGUCAAUGCAGAUCCAUUAGGAGAGGAAAUCAAUGUCAUGUUCAAGGUAGGAGAAGACCUGAGGCAGGACAUGCUUGCUCUUCAGAUGAUUCGCAUUAUGGAUCGCAUCUGGCUGCAGGAGGGUCUAGACCUCCGCAUUGUGAACUUUAAAUGCAUCUCCACUGGCAAGGAUAAAGGUAUGGUGGAGCUGGUUCCUUUCUCUGAUACUCUCAGGAAGAUUCAGGUGGAAUAUGGAGUCACUGGAUCUUUUAAGGACAAACCUUUGGCCGAAUGGCUGCGCAAGUAUAACCCAGCUGAGGACGAAUACGAGAAGGCAUCUGAGAAUUUUAUCUACUCCUGCGCCGGUUGCUGCGUUGCAACCUACGUUCUUGGCAUCUGUGAUCGCCACAAUGACAACAUCAUGCUGCGCUCCACUGGUCACAUGUUUCACAUCGACUUUGGCAAAUUCCUUGGCCACGCCCAGAUGUUUGGCAGCUUUAAAAGGGAUCGCGCUCCCUUCGUUUUGACCUCUGACAUGGCAUACGUCAUCAACGGAGGGGAGCGUCCCACCAGCCGCUUCCAGCUGUUUGUUGACCUGUGCUGCCAAGCCUACAACCUCAUCCGCAAGAACUCCGACCUCUUCCUCAACCUGCUGUCUUUGAUGAUGUCAUCAGGGCUGCCGGUGCUGACUGGUUCCCAGGACCUGAAGUACGUAUUCGAUGCCCUGCAGCCUCACAACACCGAUGCUGAGGCCACCAUCUUCUUUACAAGGCUAAUUGAGUCCAGUCUGGGAAGCAUAGCCACCAAAUUUAACUUCUUCAUCCACAACCUGGCUCAGUUACGGUUCUCUGGCCUUCCUGCUAAUGACGAGCCAAUCCUGUCCUUCUCACCCAAGACGUACACCAUGAAGCAGGACGGCCGCAUCAUCCACGCCUCCAUCUUUUCCUUCCAGAAGAGAUACAACCCUGACAAGCAUUAUACCUACGUGGUGAGGAUCAUGAGGGAAGGUCAAAACGAGCCUCAGUUUGUCUUCCGCACUUUUGAUGAGUUUCAGGAGCUCCACAAUAAACUGACCAUUGUGUUCCCCCUCUGGAAGCUGCCUGGUUUUCCAAAUAAAAUGGUGCUUGGUCGCACUCACAUUAAGGAGGUGGCAUCCAAGAGGAAGCUGGAGCUCAAUAGUUAUGUCCACAACCUGAUGAGGAGCUCCACUGAAGUGGCCCAGUGUGACCUGAUCUACACUUUCUUCCAUCCAAUUGCUCGGGAUGAGAAAACCGAGGGCUUAGAAACCACACCCAAUCCAGCUGAGCCUCUGCUGAGUCCAACCUCUGGUCGGGUGGAAGGAGAAGUGAAGCUUUCCAUUUCGUACAGAAACAGUACUUUGUUCAUAAUGGUCAUGCAUAUCCGAGACCUGGUUUCUGAGGAUGGAACCGAUCCAAACCCAUAUGUAAAAACCUACCUGCUUCCUGAUCCACACAAGACUUCAAAACGCAAGACUAAGAUCUCCAGAAAAACCAGGAACCCCACCUUCAACGAAAUGCUGGUGUACAGCAGCUACAGCAAAGAAACCCUCAGCCUGCGGGAGCUGCAGCUGAGCGUGCUCAGUGCCGAGUCCCUGCGUGAAAACUACUUCCUGGGUGGCAUCACACUCAGACUCAAAGACUUCGACCUCAGCAAGGAGACGGUCAACUGGUACAAACUGACAGCAGUUCCUUACUUCUGACCCCUGCCUCUGGCUCUUCAGACAACAGAUGCAUUCAAAAUAUGGAGCUUUACAGGGAAAUACUGGCCAGAAUCAAGGACAACAGGAAAUUUAUGAAAUUAAUUUAUCAAAUUCAAAUAAAGUCUAUAAAAAAGAAAAGUAAAAUAAAUCAAAUGGAGGGUUUAAUAAUGAUGAGAUUUUGCUAACGUUAUAUGACUGCGCUUCUGGUAAACUGGUAUAUAUUUUAUUGAAAGUGAGCCGUUUCUGAUGAGUUUGAAUGUGGCUCAGAUUUGUCCGUAGCUCUGCGGGUUCUUCCCACAUCACAUGAAUGUGUCCAGAGUUUCCACUUUUCCUUCCCGCCUGUAAAACUAAUCAAGGUUGUUUGUCAGAGAAACAAUCUUCUUGUUUUGCCUCCUUUUUAAAAAAUAUAUAACUAAGAGCUGUAAUAUUUUGUACAUUUUCUUAUUAGAGGACCAAAAUGGCUUUUUUCAGAAGAGUAUCUAUAUAUACUGAUGUGUGUUUUGUUUUUUAAGGAAGAGAAAGGAGAAACAUUUCUACAUGUUAUAGUUAGGAACUAUGUAGACAUACAGAGAGGACAGUAGGAUUUCCUGCUUUGCUGCAGACAUGUUAAAGUAAGGUAGGCCAUUUAAUUCACUUUGAGGAGACAAUUUCCCCAAGAUGUGCCAAAACUAACAAAGAAGCAAAAAUAACCCACUUAUCAUAGCGACUGGAUAAGGUCGCCUUUCUUUGUUCUAAAAAGCUGUUUUAAUGCACAAUUAAGCCUUAAUAUUACUAAAUUAUGACUUCCUAAACAAUUUGGCAUGUCCUUAUUAGAGAUUUAUGUGUAGUUUAUCUAGAACAGGUCUGGUUGAUGGACAUAAUCAUCUAGUUUGCUCAUUCUUUGUUUCCCAGUUCCACACAGCACACCUUUAAAGAAGGAAAUGUUUAGACUUUGAAGCACAUUUAUUUCCCUCUUUUGAACAUAAGAGAUGCAGGAUAUAAGUUUAGUGGAGGGAAAAUUGUUAAUUUGGACCAGAGUCUCCUUGAAUCUGGACAUGAGUUCAGGCAGCUCAACCAGAGCCACUUUUAAGUGCCUAAUAUCACACUGUGAUGAGCAACCAGUUAAAAAAAAUCUAAAAAUAAGGUUUUAUGUUUAAAUAAAUAUUGUGAAUUCUGAUCAGCAUCUUGGAUGUAUAACAUCCUCACAGAAAGGGAAUAACCUGAUUACACACUGCCAUCUUAUCCAUGUAACUAUAAAUUUAAAGUUCUGUUCAUAUUUAAUAAAAAGAUCAAAACAAUUCCUGUUUUUCCUGCAGUAGUUUUUAAAGAUCUAUGAUUUUCUUCAGGCACAGUUUCUGUUAACAUGGCCAGUUAUUUAUUUUCAAUCGGUGACCUCCAGCCUGAAUGGAUCAAUGCAUACUGUAAUCUCUAUUUCAUAAAGCAAAUUAAAUGUUUUUGAACAAA